AAAAUUAUAGAGAAACUUUGAUUAAUGAACCAUACCUAAACCAAACCGUUUAGUAUUAUUAGGAAUCGAAUUUUGUACUUAACAACCAAAACCAAACCGAUCCGGUUCAGUUUUACCCACACCUGGUUUUAAUUUUGAACCGCACAACCAUCCAAAUUCCAAAGCUAGAGUCUCUCAGAGCGUUUUUAGGUCGAACCAGUCCUUAAGGGUCCGACCAAUAGAACGUAGUUGCUCGAACUCUUCUUCCAAAAAUGGCGCCUCAUGAAAUUCGCCGUCCUUUCAAGCGACGACCUAUCUCCGAUCAACAGAAACGCCGAGAGCUUUCUCUUAUUCGUCAGACUCAGCAUCGCAGUGAUGCUCAGCAGCGAGCCCGAAACCUCGCCUCUUCCUUAAUCUCGCUCCAAUCCUCCUCUCCCGAUGUCGACCCAGAGAUACUAUCUGAAGCCGUGCCUGAGCUUGUAGGAACCGAAUCGGAAUCGAGUAGCUUUGACGUUCGUCAAGCUUCGAGGCUCAGAGGACCUGAGGCACGCAAGUGGUUCGCAAAGCAGCUAAUGUUACCUGAAUGGAUGAUCGACGUCCCUGAUAAUUUAAGCCAAGAUUGGUAUGUGUUAGCAAGACCAGCUGGGAAAAGAUGUUUUGUAGUUUCAUCUGAUGGAACAACUGUUAGUAGAGUACGAAAUGGGUCCACUUUGCAUCUUUUCCCUUCUGCAUUACCUGGUGGUGCGAGGAAAAAAGGCGCUUCUGGCCCUGCAAACUCGUACUCUAUACUAGACUGUAUCUUUCACGAGUCGGAUCAAACAUACUAUGUGAUUGAUAUGGUUUGUUGGAGAGGUUACUCGCUUUAUGAAUGCACAUCAGAGUUCAGGUUCUUUUGGUUGCAAUCGAAACUUGCUGAGACCGGUGCUUGUGAUCCGCCUUCCGUCUACCACAAGUUCAGGUUCAGUGUAGUUCCUUUUUACAACUGCGACCAAAGCGGACUUCACUCAGCUUAUACAGGAUCAUUACCUUAUGUCAGGGAUGGAUUGUUAUUUUAUAACAAACAUGCACAUUAUCAUACUGGAAAUACUCCUCUGGUGUUGAUAUGGAAGGAUGAGAGCUGUAGUCAGUAUGUCAUCGAUACUGAUAACAAUGGAGAAGUUCCAAACCAACAACAUAUUGUCUUGGAGUUGCAAGAAGAAGGAAAACUUGUAACAUCUGAUGAUCCACCUGUACCAUUCAGUUGCUUAAAUGCAGAUUUUGUAAAACAGGUCUGUUCAGAAUAUAAUGGAGUGGUUUAUAUAUCCUGAUCAGCCUUUAAACCAAGAUUAUAUGAUCAGCAUUUGGAAAAAUUGAAAAUUGAAGAACAUAUCUAUAUUUCUUAUGAUGAAUGAUGAUUAUAUUAGAAAGUGGACAGAUCUUGUAUCCUCUGUUUUAUGAAUGUUACUGUAUAAUAUCACUGGUUGCUUCAUACUCAGUGGUAGUAUCUAUACUGUGUCUAUGUUUGUUAUAGACUCUAUGUACUCGUAAGUUAGUGAUAUUGCUUAGUAAUAGCUUCUUUGAGUUCUUUCUAGGACCAACAGAGCCCUCUAGCUUAGUACUGCUCUGUUUGUUAUAGACUCCAUGUACCCAUAAUAACAGAUUGUAAAGAUGAUUUCGCACUGUGUUAAUUUGCUAAAUGUGUGGUUCGUGCCAUGUUGGAUAUUACAGUCAGGGCUGUCUUCAGGAAGUCUUAUUCGCUUUGCCAUUGGCGAUGGAGGGCUGAAAUGUGUGGAUGGUAGAUUUGAGAAGGCGGAUUUGCAAUAUAUCGGUGUAUCAAAUCGAGCCCGAGCCUUUGCUGAUAGCUAUUCCAAGAUCAUGUUUCAAUAUAUGGCCCGACAUUCUCCCCUGAAAGUAGAAGAUCUUGCUUCUACGAUUUCACCUGAGGACCAACAGGACAAGCCCCCUGAAGUGGAGAUGUCCGAUUGACGAGAAGAGAGUCUAAAGUAUAUUGUUUGGUCACUGUGUUGUGUUCGUGGAAACAGAGGGAAGUAAAUUUUGAAAAACGUAGCCACGUUUUUUUGGCUUCUCAUAUGAUGUAAGAUAGUUUGUUCUAUGAAAAUGAGAAAAAAUAAAUCGUUACUUAAAUUGUCUAUAGAGUAAAUCCCUGCAAAUUGAAGAAAUCAACAAAUCUUGACCAAUAGAAUUGCGUAAAACCCUGUUAAAAAACAGUUCCAAGAAGCUAAUUGUUUUGAAGGAAAACAAUGUAAUACAAAAAAAUCAUCCAGCUGAUGUGGUGGGCUCGCAGCUAUCGUGAGUGCAAGCCAAAACAUCUCUGUAAUCUCUAGAGAUGUUGAAGGAGUCAUACACUUGGCCAGUGCUGCUCUUCUUGUACUCAAAGAGCAGUGAUGAGUGAUCGGAAGCAGUCAACUUCACAAACCCAAAGUCGUAGUCUCUGACCAAACUCCAUUUGGGUACAAGUGAGCUAAAGGGAGACAAGUGACUUCCUGCACCAC